GUUUAGUUAAAUUUCCAGCUCUUCACCACUCGGACGUUAUCGCAGAAAAACAGUCAUGGAGGAAAACAGUGGAAAAACUAAGUCCAAAAAAAACAAACAAGAAAAAUCUCGCAGUCAUAGAGAGUCAAACCCUGAGCAAGAUGAAAUAAAAAUGUUUAAAGAGAAUCUACUGCAGUCCGUUUCCACCGGGGAUUCCAUAUUAUCUGAAAGCGCUGACAUUUCCGAAGAGACAAAACCAUAUUCCACUUCCAAAGCGCGGGAAGCCUUAUCUGUGUCAGACAAUGUUUUAGCCGAACUCGAUGAAUCUAAAAUAUUUGAACUGAAAGAGGCCUUCCUUCUUUUUGACAUGAACGGUGACGGCUGCAUUGACCAAAAUGAUCUUCGCAGUACAUUAGUUAGCCUCGGAGAAAAGGUCGAUGAACAGGCCGUAAGGCACAUGCUUUCUGAAGCCGCAAACCCACUGGACUUUGAUGCAUUUGUCCACCUUCUUGGCUACAAAACACUCGAGCUGGAUUCCGAAGAGACCCUUAUAGCUGCUCUUUCUCGAUGGGAUUACGAUAAUACGGGAUAUAUUUUGGAGGAAAAAAUUCGCCAGGAUCUAAUGACAAGGGGAGAUCGCUUUACUGAAAAAGAAGCUGAUUAUGCUCUCGACGAAGCACCAACUGUAUACAAAGACGGAUAUGCUUUUAUAGAUUACAAGCAAUUUUGUUCAAAACUUUGUGGUUUGAGGAAGCCUAACAAACGUGCUCUUCAAGUUUGAAAGAGCCUGUGAUCAUGCCUCAUAGUUUUGCGUUACACAUUUUCUUUCUUUUGAACUUAAAUUAUUUAUUUUCAUUUUAUUUCAUUUCAUUUUUAACCAAUAAAGUUCGGUUAGUGAUUUAUGUUGAACAACUAAAUAUUCUUAUACAUAUAUUAUUAAAACUUACUCGAGAUUUUCUUUGUAAACAUCGAAGUCUGUAAACAUCAGCUCAACAAUUUGAUGCGGGGCAGCUAUGAACGUAUACAGAAGGCAGAUGCCUCUCGGAUAUGGUAACGGAUAGUCAGGACUGCUGAAUAUUCCACGUUCUUUACCGUACGUCGAAGAGAAUGUUAUACACGAACAACCUGAAACAAUUUUUAAUGUUAAAAUAAAAUUUAAAAUGGAAUACAUUAUUAUUAAAUAGAU